GACCGAGGCUCUCACACAUCUAUAUAUAGCUCUCACAUUGAUCAUUUCUUUCACUCACUACAAACUAAGCACUCUUCGUUCUUCAAGCAUCAUCUCUUCUCUCAACUUUCCGUUCAAUUUUUACUACCCUUUGCUCCAGAAAUGGCCGGCGUUGAGGUUGCACCAGCAGCAACAUUUCAAGAGACUGAGACAAAGCCAGUCGAAGUGACCAAGACCGAAGAGCCAGUAGCUGCACCACCUGCCCCCGAGACUGAAACCACCGAAGAACCAAAGGAAACAACACCACCAGCAGCAGCAGAAGCAGAGGCACCAGCUGCUCCCGAACCCGAAGCAGAAGCAGAAGCUCCAGUUGCACCGGUUGAAGUUGAGACCAAGGAGGUGGCAAUAGAGGAAGUUAAGGCUGAGGCCAAGGAGGUAGCAGCAGAACCAGAAGCAGAGAAACCAGUGGAAGAAGAGGCUCAAGAGGUUAAAGCCGAAGAGCCUGCUGCUGCUGUUGCUGAGGAGAACACUGAAGCUGCUGAGGAACCAGUGGCGGCUCCGGUAGUCGAUGAGAAAGCAGAGAAACCAGUUGAAGCACCAAAGGAGGCUGCUGAGGUUACCACAGCAGAAGUUCCAGUUGAGAAGGCUGAGUAGAACGAUCACAACUUUGUGGUUUCUAGUCAAAGUUGGUCAGCAAUUUUAGUUACAUAUCUAUUUUAUUCUCAGUUUAUUAUCAUUAUGAUAAGGGUAAGGCUUUAAGCCAGAGUAAUGGGGAAUGGCAUUUGGGAUCUAAAGGCUUUAAAUUACUGUAAACAGAAUGAUAUGGUGAGCUGAGAGUGGGAGUCUAGUGAAUUGGUAAUUGGUAUGGUGUGAUGAGUUGUGAUUUCUGUUAGUUUCGAAUAAUAUUAUUAUUGGUUUUAUAUUCA